AUGGCAUAUUGGCAAUCAAACAUGACAUUCAAUGGCAUAUUAACAAUCAAACGUGACAUAUUGAAUGCAGCAACUUGGCCAGAAAGUUGGACUUUCAUCGACACUAUCAUAUCCGAGUUUGGUACCUAUGGCGAAGUUAAGGGAGUUUAUGCUGUAGAUGAGAGUGGAACUCAUGUUAUUGUCUCCUAUCAAGAGGAAAGUAGUACACAAGCAGCGCUGAAGGAAUUAGAUGGGCACCCAUGUUCCGAUCUUGGAGGUCGUUCGUUGCACAUUCGUUAUUCUGCACAAUCACUGGGCAAGUGUGACUUUGUACUACCUGUUAAGGGCAACGAUACUAAUGCAGUAUCAACAUCAGCUUCAGAUUUAAACAUUCCUGGUGUCUACUUAGUGCAUGACUUUGUCACUGCUAAAGAAGAGGAGGUUAAGGAUAAUCUUUGGAAUUACUUUCAGCGGUGGAUAGUCAGACAUGGUAACAUCUUGCCAAAAGAAGAGUUCAGCAUUACAGAUAAGGAAAGUUAA